AACUCCAGAAGAAAGAUUUCGGUCCCCUAUCAUGUAAAAAUAGACUUGAAUCUUUACAAAUGUUCUGUUUAUACAGCUUUAAAAGGCAGAAUGAACUCUGGUCAUAGGAACUCUCUUCAUCAUUUAUAUUAUUCAUCACAUGCUGAUCCUACAGAUACUUUGAUUCGAGCAAACACAUUGAAAAGUAAAUCAUCAUACCAGCUUAACCAGUAUCCUCUUAGUAAACAAUAUGGAAGCAGAUGGACGAUUGCACAACCAAGUACAAGAGAACAGCUGGAAGCAAGACAAGAAAAGAUUCACAACACCUACUACAACAAUAUGAUGUGCUAUAUCAACUACAGGCAGAACGAUACAGAUUCAGCAACUAGCAAGAAGUCUCGGCGAGCCCUGGGAAAAAGUGUCGAAAGUCUGGCGCUCCGCAAAUCCACAGUGGAGGGGCAGGUGCUGCCCCUUAAGAGUAAGAAGGAAAGCCAAGAGGAGGAUUGUGCCGCCUGUAGUCAAUGUGAUGGAUGUUGCACGUGCAGUUCUGGGACGAAGGUGUGUUGGAGUCUUAUCCUCUGUCUGGUUAGUCUCAGCAUUGGUUUCCUAGGAGGAGUAGUUGUAGGAGCAAUAGUUCAGCGUGAUGGACAUUUAUCCCAGAUUGGGUUUGGUAUCCCCGGUGAGUACUACAACUACCUGCAGAAGGGUCGAGAGGAACCUGUAGAGGAUGGUGGUGGAAGAUGUGUUGUAAGGAUGCAACAAACCAACCUUACAACUACAAACUGUUCAGUCUGCUCUAAUAGCAGGGUACUAAAUGUUACUGGAGCAGGAUAUGCUGAUUGUAACGGUCUUUACACAAUCUCAAACCAAACCAGUAUAUGGGACAGUAAGCAAGUAGUUUAUGAAAGAAUAAACGGUGGUUGGGGUAAAGAGAAGAGAUACAUCUACUGGAACGCACAUUAUUAUGGGGAAAACUUCUACGGAUGGAGUAUAGGAGAUUCAAAAUCAUUGUUUGAAAGUGGGCCCUUUCAUUCUCAAGGACGAGCCGGGGCAUCUAAUCUUCCUUGGAGAGGGUCAUGGAGAGGAAAUGUCACUGUUUAUCUUAGUUCAUGUCAGCUCCCCAUUGACAAGAUAAGACUGGGUCGACAGGGAGAGAAUCAAUAUGACCGGGAGCGCGAACGAGAGUUGAACCGUCUCAGAAAUAUGGAGCGAAAUUCAAACAUUUUUAACGACUGAACAGAGAAUAAUGAGCAGUGAAUAAUUAACAUUGAAUAAUGAACAGUGAAUAAUUAACAUUGAAUAAUGAACAGUGAACACUAAACAGUGAAAUUAAAUACUUCAGAGGUUAUAAGAAUGCAUUUCUGUAUUUAAGUGAGUAUCAGCAUUAAAAGAUCUUGAUUCUUAAUGCUUAGGAAAAGUGAAAAUUGUUUCAUGAAAAUCUUCUGAGUAAAAUUGAGCCCUGAAUUAAACAAUUUCUAAACAAAAUAAGUUUAAAAAUAUUUAAUAUCUAAAUCCUUUAAAUAUUAACCUUGCUAGAUCAUCCUUUAUUAUAAAAAUGUUUUUAUUUUGUAGGAUAAAAAUAUUUUGUUUAAAUUGUGAAUUUCAUGUCAACAUGAUUGAGCUCAAACAAUUCUUCUCAUUUUUUAUUCCGGUGAAAGUUUUUUUUAAGAUUUCUAAUAUUUAAUGGAACUUGUGAUCGAUAAAAGACGGGCAAUCAGAAGAAGAGUUUGAAAAAAAUGUAAAAUUACAGAUUAAAGUUUGCACUAAUUUUUUGGUUCUUCUAAUAAAAAUAGAUCUUUAUUUGUAUAAAGUGAAAAAUCACUGUUAAAAUAGCGAUAUUUUGGCAUUUCAAUAACAAAAAAUGUCCAUGCUAUUACAUAUUAAACCAAAAAAAAUUUUUUAAUAAUUUAAAUUCUGCACUGCCCAAAGCUAUAAAGUGAAUGUACCCUUUUCUACAUUGUGAAUUUAUACAAAUCUUUUUACGUUUCUCAAUUAAAAGUUUAUCUCUUUUCCCUUGUCUAGUAUACAGGGCCUGCAUCCAUGAAAAUAAUUUUAGGAUUUUUCCUAUUUUUGUUCCAAUUUUCCAUAAUGUUAUAAAAUUGUAUUUCUAGUGUUAAAAAUAUUCAUAUUUCCUCUAUGUAUAGAGUUUAUAGAGCUUUUAGAAAAUUUAGAUUUUGUAAAAAUCAUUAAUUGUGUAAAAAUGUUAAAAUGUAAUUUAAGUACAUGUUCAGAAAGUCUAGGAUGCGUCAAUAAAACUUUUUGUAACAUCAUGACAUUCCAUUACGUACAAUGUACACUAGUGUACAGCAAUCACGUACACAAAAUAAAAAUGUUUGGUGCAAAAAAAUGCAUUUUAUUUAAAAACUUUUGUUCCCAAACAAAAUUCCAUGCAACAAACGACUGUAUUUUCCAAUAUCUAAACAUUUCCGUUAAAAGGUUAAACAUAUUUGCAAAAAAAACCUUCAAAACUAUAUUUUUUUGCAAAAAAAAUAGUAUAUGUUCGAAAAACAAACUUACCAAUUUUUUUUAAAAUAUGUCAAAUUUGUUUUAAUUUCCAAAAAUCUUGAAUUUGGAUUUGUUUACAUGGCAAAACAUAAAUAGGACGUGGUAAUAAUUUAUUAUACCAAACAGUAAUAUAUGGAAAAAAUGUAACCUUGUCAAAGUAAACCAUUCCUAACCAUGUACAAAAAUGUUAUUAAAGAGUUAAAUAAAAAACAAAGCAAUUUUAA